AUGGUUGGAAGCAAGCGAACUAGGAACAAGACUGCCGUGAUGGCUCAAUCCACGAUGGCCCAAAGCUAUUCCUCCCACAAUCCCGCAAUCGACAUGGUGGCACCACCACCUAUCACCGCCAUGAACUCGCAGCAAACCCUUGCUGCCGCACCACAGCAGCCAUCCCGUAUGGCUAGAACCACUGGGCCACCUGCUGGACCAGUAGUUGGGGCCACCGCACCAGCCUCUACCGUCAUUGUACCAUCUCAAGGCCCCGUGGCUAGAUCUAGCAACCUUUAUGGUGGAACCUCCCAUCAGGGUGGGCUCACUACCACUGCCAACUUUGGCCCAAUCUUAGAGCAACUUCAAUCAUUCCCUCCAUUGCCUCCACGCUCGACGCAUGCUCCCACGUACACCUCCAAUGAAACCCUAGCUCGUGUGCAAUUGGGCUCCACACACUUCUCUCCUCUCGAUCCACGAAGUCAAGUAUACCUUAAUCUGAGAGUUGACCAUCUAACUCAGAGAAUGGAUGACCAAAACAAUUUGAUGAGGCAGUUCCUCAACCAAGUAAACUUGGCUCAAAACCUUGGCCUUGGACAAUAG